AUGGUCUUGACCCGCGCAGCCGCCCAGCGCGGUGCCAACGCCGACACGAUCGUCGAUGAGCAGACUUCCGAAAGCGAGAAGCCCUUCCGAUUCCUCGACCUCCCCACUGAAAUCCGACAGAUGGUCUACGAAUUGCACUUUGUGGGCGUUCGACACCUCGCCGUCGACGUUCCAGGCCAUCUCGUCCAGUCCACAAUGCCCAACAUUUUCGCCGCAAAGCAACACAAGAUCCCUCCGCUCCUCCUGGCCUGUCGCACAAUCCGCGCCGAAGCAAUGCCAGUCUUCUCCAGCAAGCUCACCGUCCACAUCCACCGCGGUCUCGGCAGAAAUACUCGACACAGACAGGCCCGAGCAUCGACCGCUCUCGCCCACUACCUCUGCUCCUCGACAGCUCUCGUCAUUCACGGCUUCGAUCGUGUCCCCUACCCGGGCAAGCUCGAGCUCCCAAGCAUGCCGGCGCUAAAAGUGUUGCGCUUCUUCGUGUACAACAAUGGAAUCGGCCAGGCGAGCGUGUUUCGUGACCAUGCUGUGCAUGUUCAAUGGUUUAGGGAGACGGGAAUGCUUGCUCUGAGACAGGGUGGGUCUGUUGAGCCGGGUGUGAGGGUUUUCGCGGAGCUGAAUGGGAAGUGUGCUUACCUUGGGCGGAUCGGAAGCGUGUAG